AUGAUGGAUGCUGGUUGCGGGUACUGGUCAGCUUCUUCAGACAAGGAAGGGUACAGUGGUGUGGGCCUCCUCUCCCCUCAGUGCCCACUCAAAGUCUCCUAUGGCAUUGGUGAGGAAGAACACGAUCAGGAAGGCCGAAUGAUUGUGGCUGAAUAUGAUGCAUUUGUGCUGGUGACAGCCUCUGUGCCUCAUGCAGGAGGAGGUCUGAUAAAUCUGAAGUACUGCCAACACUGGGAUGAAACCAAAUUCCUGAAGGGUUUGGCAUCCCACAAGCCCCUUGUGCUAUGUGCGGACCUCAACAUGGCUCAUGAAGAAAUUGCCCUUUGCAACCUAAAGGGAAAUGAAAAGAAUGCUGGCUUCACUCUGCAAGAGCAGCAGGGAUUUAGGAAACUGCUGCAGGCUGUGCCACUCAAUGACAGUCUCCGGCACCUCUACCCCAACAUGGCCUAUGCCUACACCUCUUGGACCUAUAUGACAAAUACGCGAUCCUAA